AUGGUGGGAGACAAGGUCAACUACUACCUCUUCACUGACCAGCCAGCUAAUGUCCUGCGCAUCCUCCUCCAGGAAGGCUGGCAGGUGGUGGUCCUCGAGGUCCGCAACUACCCCCACUGGCAGGAUGUGUCCAUGCACUCCAUGGAGAUGAUCAGCAACUUCUCCGAGCAGCAGCUCCCACGUGAGGUGGACUACCUGGUGUGUUUAGAUGUGGACAUGAAGUUCAGCGACCACGUGGGUGUGGAGAUCCUCUUCUCCUUGUUUGGCACUCUCCACCCUGGCUUCUACGCUGCCGAUUGCCAGGCCUUCACGUAUGAACGCCGCCCAUUGUCUCAGGCCUACAUUCCAAGAGAUGAAGGUGAUUUGUACUAUGCCGGCAGCUUUUUGUGCUCAGUGCUAGAAGUGCACACGCUCACCAAGGCCUGUCACCAGGCGAUGAUGGUGGACCACGCCAAUCACAUUGAGGCUGAGUGCCAUGACAAGAGCCGCCUGAACAAGUACCUGCUGUACCACAAGUGCACCAAAGUGCUCUCCCCUGAGUACCUGUGGGAUGAGAGGAUGCUGUGCAGACCACCUUUCCUCAGGAAACUGUGA